AUGCCGUCAAGCACAUCAACAGUCCUCCUCUACUUCCUCGCAAUAUGGAUCCCCUUCCUUCCCGUCGCUAUGAAGCGUGGUUGCGCCGCUGAUCUCUUCAUCAACAUCGCGCUCUGCAUCCUCGGCUGGAUCCCUGGUGUCAUUCACGCGUGGUAUAUUAUUAGUCAGACGGAGAAGGUCGCUGUGGCUUGA